CAACUUCACUGGGGACGACCAGUUUCCUGUAUUUUGGGACGCCACUAUUGGCAACAGUCAUAGCAGGGUGGUCGCUUACUCCCGUUAUCGAUCAGCAAGAAUCAGAGGCUUUUCCCAACCAGAUAGAUAUAUCAACAACCUAGCAGUGACCCAGCUAAUGGACGACGCGAAGGUGGGUUGGGCUGCCAGAUAAAUCUGCAGGUUUACGGGUGGCCGUAGUUUGGUGAGGGGAUAGCUAUGCCAGAAUGCUCCGGCUAUUGGGAUUGCCUGGUUUGGGAAACAUUGAAUGCACCCUUGCCUUUCCAGCCGUGCAUCGUAAGCAGGUCGUCCCGUGCUAACAGCCCAGUUCAGCCCAGGCUAACCGAAACGCCGUGUGUUCGUUUUACGGGGACGUCUUCACGUCUUUGCCGCCCUGGUCAGAUUCUCAGCACUGUACGGUUCUUGACGUGCAGGAUCCUUUUUGACAGCAAUACCGAAAAACGCGCCGACAGUCACCACGGACGCAACGGAUGUUGGUGCGAUUUUGCGGGGUCAUGCUCGGGGGUAAUUGAGACACCAGAGACCCCGCCGAGCUCUUCCUGCGCUGUCCCUUUUUAUCGCGAUCCCAACUUUGUCAAUCGUGGAACGCUGCUUAAUUAGAUACGCAAGGAAUGCUUGGUGCCAGCACCUCAGAUAGCGCUUGUUGGGCCUGGUCGGUGUGGGAUAGGCUAUGAGAACACUGGCUAGUGCUUGUCAGGUGUCGCCUAUUCCAAAAAG